CAAUCCUCUCAAACCACAGCACGUGCGCGUCCACGUUGAGGGGGUAGGGACAGCCACGGUGCCAGGCCUGAAAUCCGCCCUUAGAGGAAUCCGAGGUCCAGAAUUCAGACCCCAAAUUCGGGUCUGAGCCUUGGAAACGGGGAGGUUGUGACAUCACUCGAGGCCCGAACGAAACUGCGCAGGUGCAUCCCGAAGCCUGGAAGAUUUACCUGGUUCAGUUCCGGGGGGUUUUCCCUUUCGGACUACGUUUCCCAGAAGACACUGUGGUCCAACGCUACUUCCGGUGGGAAAGUCGGCCACAGAGGGCGGUGAGGCAGUGGUGUGUGCCGGGCGAGGCGUCCGGCCUUGCCUGGAAUGCGAAUCAGAAUUUGGACUAGAACCUUUCCUGAGGAUGCUGAAGCAAUACUUUCUUUGGACUGUGAGUUUCUUCUAAAGUGGAACUAAGAAGAGGACUAAUAAAUACAUUGAAUUCUAAAAAAAGCCAUGGCCCAUUACUGUGAUUUGUCAUUUUAGGGGUUGGUGAUGUUCAAAGAUGUGGCUAUAGAUGUCUCUCAGGAGGAAUGGGAAUGCCUGAACCCUACGCAGAGGAGUUUGUACAAAGAUGUGAUGUUGGAGAACUAUAGCAACUUGGUUUCAUUGGGACUUUCUAUUUCUAAGCCGGCUGUGAUCUCUUCAUUAGAGCAAGGGAAGGAGCCCUGGAUGGUUGUGAGGGAAGUGACAGGAGAACAGUGCCCAGACUUGGUGUCCAGGUGUGAGGCCAAGAAGUUAUCUCCAAAAGACAUUUAUGAGACAGAGUCAUCCGAAAGGGCUAUCAUGGAAGACUUUAAAAGUCAUAAUCCUGAGAAAUCCAUUUUCAGAGAUAUUUGGGAAUGCAAUACUCAGUUUGAAAGACAACAGGAACAAGAGGGCUAUUUCAGGCAAUUUGUUAUCAACCAUGAACAUAUGCCUAUAUUUAACCAACAUUCUUUACUAACUCAGGAAUUUUAUAAUAGAGAGAAAAUCUUUGGAUGUAAAGAAUGUAGAGAAAACUUCAGUUACCAUUUAUUUUUUAGUGAUCACAGAAGAGCUCAUUCUAAAGAAAAACUGUCUGAAUGUAAGGAAUGUGCAGAAAUUCUUAAUAUAUCAUAUCUUACUAAACAGAGAAUUCAAAAUAGUAACAAGUGCAAUGAAUGUAAGGAAUGUUGGAGAGCUUUUAUUCAUUGUUCACAACUUAAGCAACACCUGAGAAUCCAUAAUGGCGAAAAACGCUAUGAAUGUAAAGAAUGUGGGAAGGCCUUUAAUUAUGGCUCAGAACUUAUUCUGCAUCAGAGAAUUCACACUGGUGAAAAACCUUAUGAAUGUAAAGAAUGUGGGAAGGCCUUUAGGCAGCGAUCACAGCUUACUCAACAUCAGAGACUUCAUACUGGUGAAAAACCUUAUGAAUGUAAGCAAUGUGGGAAGGCUUUUAUUCGUGGCUUUCAACUUACUGAACAUCUACGCCUCCAUACUGGUGAGAAACCCUAUGAAUGUAAAGAAUGUGGAAAGACUUUUAGGCAUCGCUCACACCUUACCAUACAUCAGAGAAUUCAUACUGGUGAGAAACCCUAUCAAUGUAGAGAAUGUGGAAAGGCCUUCAGCUAUCACUCAAGCUUCUCUCACCAUCAGAAAAUUCAUUCUGGCAAAAAACCUUAUGAAUGUAGUGAAUGUGGGAAGGCCUUUUGUGAUGGCUUACAACUUACCCUGCAUCAGAGGAUUCAUACCGGUGAGAAACCCUAUGAGUGCAAGGAAUGUGGGAAGACUUUUAGACAGUGCUCACACCUCAAAAGACAUCAGAGAAUUCAUACUGGUGAGAAACCUCAUGAAUGUAUGAUAUGUGGUAAGGCCUUUAGACUUCAUUCACACCUUAUUCAACAUCAGAGAAUACAUACUGGUGAGAAGCCCUAUGAAUGUAAGGAAUGUGGAAAGACCUUUAGCUAUCAUUCAAGCUUUUCACACCAUCAGAGAAUUCAUUCUGGGAAGAAACCUUAUGACUGUGGAAAGGUUUUUAAUCAUGACUUGCAAUUUAAUAUACAUCAGACACUUCAUACUGUUGAGAUGCCAGUAAGGUUUCCUCUUCUCUCUCCCCAUCCUAGUCUAGCAUCAUGAAAUUAUUUUUAGAAAUUUACAUUUUCUUCUUUUUUCUUCAAGAUAAAUGUUGGUAAAAUAAUGAAUUUCGUUAGUAUUGAUUUAUGUCAAUGAUCCUUGAAAAAAAAAACUUCAGGGAAAAUUGAAAAAUUAUUAACAGGUAAAAAUUGCUCUAGUUCCAAUGCUGUUUCUGAGUUAUUAUAAUCAAUAUUGGAAAUAAAUUUUAUAAAUAGUGUUUUCACUGAAACCAGUGAAGUGGCAGAAAUAAAAUGAAAACAAUUUCUUCCCCUCCCACACA